AUGGCCACGCUUCCGCCGGACCCCGGCAAGCACCAGACCAUACCUCCGACACUGUCAAACACCAUGCCAACUCCUAUGGCCACCGUCAUAGUCCACCGCAACGGCGUCCCCACGGCCAUCCAGGUGCCGGCAACCGGCAUCAUACGCCAACCUCACCCAUCCUCUUCCGAAAACGACUCCUCUGAUACCACCGACAGUCCCGUGGACCCGCCCCUUACGGCACGCCAACUUCGAUCGAAGCGUGCUGCCGACACGUUCCUCGCUCGCCACGACCGCACUAGGAACCCGCGGCCCGCUCCACGGACGCGCCACACCCACAAGAAUCCUCGCCCCACCCGGCCCGACACGCCUGGCUCCGCCCCAGAUGGCCUCUCUGAGGAUGACAGACCUAUCCGAGCUAGACAGCCACGCAAGCCAAACACCACCUACCACCCAGGCCAGGCUCAAUCACUCCAGUCCCGUCCAACUCUACCAUCCGCUCCAACUCUCACUCCCGUUCAGCCCUCCAGGUCGGCGAAAGGUUCCUCUACACAGAGCUCCCUACCGGACAUAUGGCGUCGAUCCCCUCCUACCACCCUAGCGCCCCAUCCCAUCACCCUCCCCACCCCCACUUCAUACAUCACUACACCCAUUUCAGCACCCAUUACACACUGCCAUGGGCCUCCACAGGCAACCAUUCCUGCCAUCCCAACCCUUGGGACCAGCCACUUACCCCAAACCUCCCAUAAGGCUACUGCCUCGUCCUCCCAGCAAACCCGUUCCUCUACAAUUCACACACCGCCAUGUGAGUGCAACCCCUACUCUCACACGCAGCUCACUGCCCCAUGGCCUGCUCCGUCCGAUGUACAGCCCACGACCACUCCUGCACCAGCACCCGGCCCCGCGUGCCCCGCCCCAGCUACACCACCACCAACCAUAACUUCCCCCCAUGUCACGCUCUGGAACACCACAUACCCUCCCCAAGCUGACUACCGCAGCCCCAGUCAAGACACAUCACUCGGCUCCCUAGUCCCCAUCCAUCGGGACAUCCCACUCCAUAACGCCAUCGCAGGUGCACUGGGCACACUACGCCUGACAGCCUUAAAUAUGCAGCAUCCCGAGCCCAUCCCGACACAGAGCACCACCCACCCAACCUUCGAGGAUAUUUCGGCCCCAACACCACCUGGCCCGGCACACACCCAUCCCUUCCCCCACACUGGCUCUUCCUCACACCCAACCCGACCACCACCAGAAGUAGCUGACACUACUAUUGAUGACGACGACCAGGAGGAGUAUGACGCCAACACAGCCCUCCAGUUUCCGGGCAUCCGGAACCUACACGACGAAGGACAGCCAAUCCUGUAUCGCACCAUGCAACGGUACUGGGAGCGGGAGGCACACCUCUUCCAAGGCUUCACCGCGGACGACAUUGCCGACAUAGAGCGACACUUCGCCGAUGCCAAAGUCCGUAUCCAGUUCUCCAUCUACCCGUCACUCCAGCCUCCGAAUGACCAACUCAGCAUCAUCAACUACCGACGCGAGAUCGAGGAUGUCUGCCAGGAACGCUUCGGCCUCACCUUCCGGGGGGGUCUCCUCGAACACGGCCAGCAGCUCCUCGGGGAUCCCCUCCAACGCACCAUCCAGGCCUGGGCAGCACCACGACGUGGGUAUCUUUUUCUCCGCGACAUCUCCGUAGUUAUGAUCUACCAAUAUGCUGGUGUGCUCGACAACGGGCUCUCCUUCCACCAGCUUGAAUACCGCAAUCCAUCCAAAACCUCCCCUGGCGACCUCAUGUGCGCCCUCCGCGCCCUUGGGGCAACUGACGCCAUCGUCCAAAGCCAUACCCGGAUGUCCGGAACACACGGCCCACGCGACCACUUGGCUGCCAUCGGCUGUAUCAAGUGGCCCUCGGAAGGCCACUACCGCUUCCGCCUCGUCUUCCCCAGCCAGAGCAUGGCAGAAACUGUAUACGCCAACUUCCGCCAACAUAUGGCCGGUCCCGACCGAUUGGAUCUGGUCCCCCCAUCCAUGAAGCUCACUCCCCUACGCGACCUCUGCUGGGACAACCCCACAUCCACCUUCUUCCACCCACAUGCCACCAGUGCCGCCACACUUGUGGAUACCAAAGUCCGCAUUGGCCGCCUCCCCCCACUCACUACUACUGACGACAUCCUCGCUGCGCUUCGCGGCUCCCACCUCCCCACCCCAGACGUCGAUAUCACAGGGGACGAUUAUGUCACGCUCACUUUUGACACUCCAGCACCCAUAGCCUUCCUCUGGUCCACCUCUGGCCCACAUGGCGAGACCCGACUCUAUAUCCGUGACAUUGCAGUACACCUCCACAUCCUCACCGGCCGCCCCCGACGGUCUGCUGCACCGCUACAGUGCCGGGACUGUGGCCGACACGACCACCAGGGUCGACCAUGUGACCGCUUCACCUAUCUCGACCCACGGGAUCGCGCCCGCAGCAACUCCCAACACACAACCACCACUCGCAGAGACCUAAGUAGCACUGACACACGUACGCGCAGUGCAAGUCGCCACCGCCAUGCGGGACACCACUCACAUUCCGCCCUCCAACAUCCCGCCGCGGAAGGCCAACACCAACAACACCAGCCCCAAACCCAGGCCUGGCAACUCCCACUUCAGCGCCACCCGCAACAGGUCCACGGACACACCACGGACCUCAAUCUCUACCUCCGGCGUGAGAUCUCCACGUACGUGGACCAACGCAUAGUAUCGGCCACGACCCCACUCCGACAGGAGGUUGAGUCCCUCCGCGCUGAUAAAGAGGCCCUGGUUGCACUUGUAUCCGCCUCCAGUGCUGCUUUCUCCACUCUAGACGCGCGCCUCCUAGAGGAACGACGCCUACGCGAAGCCGCGGAACUCCUCCAAGCCGAGGACAACCGCUUAAGUGCGGAGGCACACAUCCGCCUGAACACUGUGGUCACCCAACAUGAGUCCCAACAGGCUGCCUUAACUGCACGUCUCCCAUACCUCGAAUCCAGUGUCCACACACUACUACAGGCUAUGCAGUCCGUAUCGUCUCAAAUGUCAGCACUGGCAGGGCUCGGGCCCCUACCCGCCACCCUCACACCCAAUGACAAGAACCAGACGACACCAUGGGCACUGAGCUUCAGGACCAGGGGGCGUCAAACUAACCCCGGGGUGUUGGGUCAGACCAACGACACCUCGGCAACGCCUCUGGUCUGGACCGUGGUGGCUCCUCAGCUUUCUGCUCUGGAUCUCCUGCUACUCCCCCCUGGCCGCUGCCACCCACUCUCCAUCACCGACAUCACCCCUACCACCAUAUAUCCCCACACCGCCCCCGCAUUCAGCCACCUACACGAUCCGUACUCUUCGGAUGACUCCAACAACUCGGAACUCCUAGAUGCCCGCAUUGCGGAAGCACUACAAACUCCUCUCCCGCUAAGUACCCCCGACAUCAACCCCCCGCGGCAACGCCGCCGACGACGCGCAUGGAGGAUCCAUCGCCUCCCCCUCCCCCCACCUGACGCGGACACUGCUAGACACCAACUCGACAACAUCCUCCGGCGUGAGUCACUCAAGGGCGAAGCGUACAUUGGCGACCCAGGCCAACCGCCCCCACCGGGGCUCCUGCUAGAUAGCCUGCGUAUCGCAGCCACCAACAUCAAUAAAAACACGUAUGGUAAACUGGGAGAUGAAUUGGCCACCUGGUUCCGCGCUAACGCACUGGACUUUCUCAUCAUCGCGGACUCGGACCUUCCCGCACACAAGGCCACUCACCUCUGGACUUCCACACCCAGUGGCUCCCCCACUCCACACCUCAUGGCCGUUAGUAAUCACCGCGUCAGCGUCUUAUAUGACAUUCAACGUUGGCACUCACGCAUCGAUGCCCGGCGUACAACAUACUCCCCGUCGGGGCGCAGUAUUUCCAUCUGUAUCCGCCUUGGCAAAGGCUCCCUUUUAACCCUCAUCGGCACAUAUUGUCAAGACUCCCCCGCAUCUCACCGCGAGACGACCGAACAGGAAUGGCAAUGGCUCACCCAGGCCACCACAAAAAUCCCUGGGCACCAUCACUCUGUCAUCAUGGGGGGAGACUUCAACACCUACGGCACCAACCCCCUCGACCGAUCUGCCCCACAACUCCGCACUGGCCCCAGUCUGGGCAUCGGCACCCCAACCGACAACGUUACACCGUGUCUGCAUGUGGGGGGGGUGCCGUAA